GUUUGUCUGCGCUGAGUUUGAUUAUUUCUCCUGGAGGAAAGCGAGCAGACAAAGAAGUUUACAGCCGCCGAUAACAGGGUUCCCAGUCUAACACGGACCUCACGGCGCGCAGAGGACACCCAGUACACCUCGGGAGCUCCAUCCAUUUUCAAAAUUUUCUCCAACUUCAGCCCUCAGACAAACAUUAGCAUGAUGUCGUAUCUAAAGCAACCACCUUACACAGUCAAUGGACUCAGCUUAACCACUUCCGGAAUGGAUCUUUUGCAUCCAUCAGUGGGCUAUCCAGCAACGCCACGGAAGCAGAGGAGAGAGAGGACUACUUUUACACGCGCGCAGCUCGACGUUUUGGAGGCGUUGUUCGCCAAAACUCGAUACCCGGACAUAUUCAUGCGCGAGGAGGUGGCCCUGAAAAUCAAUCUACCUGAGUCCCGAGUACAGGUCUGGUUUAAGAACCGGAGGGCAAAGUGUCGCCAGCAGCAGCAGCAGCAGCAGAACGGGGGCCAGAACAAAGUCCGACCUGCCAAAAAGAAAAGUUCUCCAACCAGAGAGGUCAGCUCCGAGAGCGGCGCCAGCGGCCAGUUCACGCCCCCCACCAGCACCACCACUGUCCCCGCCAUCUCCACCAGCACCGCCCCGGUGUCCAUCUGGAGCCCUGCGUCCAUCUCCCCUCUCGCGGACCCCCUGUCUACCUCCUCCUCGUGCAUGCAGAGGUCCUACCCUAUGACGUACACGCAGGCCUCGAGCUACAGCCAGGGCUACGCCGGCUCGACGUCCUAUUUCGGCGGCAUGGACUGCGGUUCCUACCUCACCCCCAUGCACCACCAGCUGUCGGGACCCGGCUCGACCCUCAGUCCCAUGAGCACGAACGCGGUCACGAGCCACCUGAACCAGUCCCCGGCGUCCCUCUCCAGCCAGGGCUACGGGACGUCCGGCCUGGGCUUCAACUCCACGGCGGACUGCUUGGAUUAUAAGGACCAGGCCGCGUCCUGGAAGCUGAACUUCAAUGCCGAUUGCUUGGAUUAUAAGGAUCAGACAUCCUCGUGGAAAUUCCAGGUCCUGUGAAAAGAGCAAUCAGGUGUUAUUAAAAACAAAAGUGCACAAAAC